ACAGCGCGAGGCACCAGGAAAUUGCGCCGAAAGAAAACUACAACAAACUACAAAAACCUCCGAAAACUACAAAAAAAACUACACCACGAACAAGACACCCACAGCGCAGAGUCCAACGGUACCAGGGCCGGGUCAGGACCGGGACAGAACCGGGACAGGACCGCAACAGGACCGGGACUGAGGCCGAACUCCGAGAUGUCCGGCGCUCUGGUGGUUCAGUUUGCCGGCCGUAGGGCGUGUCCCUCGGAGCUGAUUCGCUGUCGGCGCACGGUGGGCGGGCAGUCAGAGCUCAUGAUUCGCUGGCGGCUGGUGUCCACAGAUGACAGUGACUCGGGGAGCGGGGCUUCUGAGAACAGUGUUUUAAUGUGGAUGUGUGAAGAAGAUGCCCGCUACAGCUGCCCUGACCUCGGACCACGACCUGUGACCGAGGAGGAGGGGACAGGCAAUGGAGAGGCUCAGGACCAGCGGGAGCUGUUAGAGCUUCAGGCAGACGUUCGCUCUCUGGUUUGUCGUGCUCACAGACAGAUGAGAGCGCCCCGCAGUGCCACACUGGGCCACACAGUGUCAGUGCUGAGCUCGUAUGCUGCCAUCGCCGCGCUCGCCCCUGUUUUCAGAGAAACGGGAGCCCUGGACCUGAUCCUGGAGCUGCUGUGUGACGGCGACAGGGGUACGAGGAGGAGUGCGGGGCAGAUACUGAGGGCUAUGGCUUCUCACGACGCAGGCAGUAGGGCGUCUGUUCUUUUGGCCCUGACUCACAGAGAUCUGGAGCUCGACUUUGAAAACCGUCUGACCCUCCUGGAGCUGUUCGCCGAAACCACGUCGUCUGAGGAGCAGGGCGGCUGUGACCACACACCACUGCCACAGAUUCCAGGCAAAGCCUUGUUCUCGUUGGUGAAGCGAUAUCUUCGUGUGACGUCACUCGUUGACUCCGCUCCCCCGACAGACGCUGACCCCUCCUCCUGGUUGCGGCGAGAGUUUGAGGUUGCCAUGGCGACGGCGGCUCUGGUCUCUGAACUGGUCCGUGUCCUGGGGUGGGACCGGACUUUGGUCCAGACAGAACCUCCUAGAACCAGGAAGUCCAUUUUCAAGCCCAACAGCCAAUCUGAACGAAGCCAUAAUGUCAGCCAAUUACAACGCAGCACUGCCCCCCCCAAGAAAGAGUUCAGGACUGUUCAGGACUUUGGGUCUCGGUCGGAGUAUGAGUCAUACCUGCAGCAGACCCUCAGACCCGGGACCAGAGUCCGGAUGAACCAGGACUAUGAAGAGGUCCACUCCGGAGACCAGGGCGAGUUCAGGACCAGCAACAAUGGCUCCCCCCCUGUGCAGAUUUUCUGGGACUCCCUGGGCAGGACGUACUGGGUUUACUGGCACAUGCUGGACAUUGUCAGCUCGGCUCCAAAGACCCCAGACCAGACCAAGGACCAGACCAAAGACCAGACCAGAGCCGAGUCCAGACCGGAGCUGAGGGAGUCCCGGCUGGACCAGGUGCUGCCCACAGAGCCACUGCUGCUCAGACCCUCCCUCUACACCUGUCCGUAUUUGAGCACAGGUGAGCCGAAGGGGGCGGAGCUCAGCACAGGUGAGUGGUGGGAGCUGCUGUUCUUCGUGAGGAAGCUGGAGGUGGGGCAUCAGGAGCAGGUGCGCAGCCUCCUUCAGAGGGCACUACAGGAGGGGGAGCUGGACGACAGUGCUCUGAUUGGGCUGAGCGUGCCUGUUUCCUUGGCGACGCAGGUGCUGCACUUCUUGGAACAGAAUCUGUCUCUGUCGAGUCUGAAAGAGCUACAGCAAGCAAGCUGUGCCAGCAAACUGCGGGUGGGGCCGGAGUCAGGGCGCAGACUCAGAGGCUCCUGCUCAGAACCUCAGUCUCCUGAUGUCUCUGUGGAGUCGGCCUCAAAGAAACCCAAGACCGAGACCCCCUCUAAGAGCCAGAUCCAAUCAAAGAUCGAGGGCCAAGCCGAGGUGAAAGUCCAGAUCGAGACGUCUUCUGAGGACUUCCCUCCAGACCUGGAGCAGACCAUCUCAAUGUUCUCUGAGCGAGUGCAGGAGAAGAGGUCAGUCCUGGAGCGUUUGUCUGAGACGGUGACAGUUCUUCAGACAGAGCAGGAGACGGGAGGCUCUGGAGGUUCUGGAGCAGGCUCAGGAGGAACCUCUGGAGGAGGCUCAGGAGGAGCGUCUGAGUCUACACUCAGUCUUGAGCUCGCAGCCGUGGUUCUCAUGAUCCGGACUCUGGACCAGGACACUCCAGACCGGGACAAAGCUUUUACAGAAUCCACCACCAGGACCCGGGUCUUGCAACUCCUAGUGGACUUGCUGGGGUCAGAGUCUGAGGUUUUGGUUUGGUCUUGUUUGCGGCUGCUGCGUCGUCUGUUUGUGAAGUUCGAAUGGAGAGUGGCGUUCUGCACAGAGGGCGGAGUCUGUGCCCUCCUCUGUGCCAUGAGUCAGUGCUGCAACAGCACCAGGGUGCAGCAGGGGGCACUAGAGGUGCUGCAAGUGCUUACUGGUGUAGGCAGUGCGCCCCCUGUGGCUGAGGGGCAGGUGGUGCGGGAGGUAUUCACCAGCAUUAGCUCGGCCACACCCCCCGGCUCCAGCGGGCUCCUGGUGGCUGUCCCCGCUGCGCUCCGCCUCCUUCUGCAGAGACAAAGACACAGAGAAAGACCGGGGCAGGAACAAACCCAGGAACAAACCCAGGACCAAACCCAGGACCAAACCCAGGACCACACCGAGGACCAGGCGGAGCCUCAAAGUCCAGAGGAGGCCCAGAGACCAGGCCAGGCCAUGGAGAAGGGAUCUGGACUGGAGCAGAUCCAGGCCGGGCUCCUGGUCUUGUCCUGGCUGCUGUCUCACUCUGAGCUCAAAGAGGCGCUAGAGUCCAGCGAGCUGAGCCUGGUGCUGAAGCAGUGUGUGUCUGAUGGAGUGCACCCAGCACUCGCACUGAGCGUGCUCAGAACACUGUCCUCAGAUCAGGACUUGGCCCUGCCUGAGGCUCAGGUCAAGACUCUGCUCUCAGGUCUAAAGGAGCCUGGAGCAUCUAAAGAAGUGAUCCAGACUCUGGAGAAGGUGCUGUGUGACGUGGAGCCACAGGAGGGCUCUCUGCUGCUCAAGCAGGUGACGCAAGAUGCCGAUGUCUUAUUGGAUGUGGUGAGUUUGAUGGAGACGCAGAAAAUGGACAAAACGGCGACCCUCUCCUUGCUCAGGAUUCUGGGUAAACUCUUGGACGGUUUUGAUGAGGAGUUUCCAUGGCACAGUGCCAUCGAACCAUGUCUGAGUGCCAUCAACCUACACUUGACCGACCUCAAGGUGUGCCAGGCGGCAGUGGGACUCCUGUUCCGUUUGGCGUCUCUGGAUAAGGACUUCGGUGUCCUGAUGGUACGGUUUGGGGCCGGUCCGGUCCUGGACCGGGUUCUGGAGAAACACGAGUCUCUGAAGACAACCUAUGACCUCAAGGACCUGAUCCAAGACCUCUGCCCCAUCUCUGCCCUGUACAAGAGCCUGGGCUCCAGUGUGCUGUCGGGCUGCCUCCAGCUGGUUCUGGGUCAGAUCGAGGAGCACCGUCGUUCUCACCGUCCAAUCAAUAUCCCCCUGUUCAAUGUGUUCCUCCGACACCUGUGCAGAGGCUCGGGGGCAGAGCUACGUGAGGACCAAUGCUGGGAGAAAGUGGAGGUCUCGUCCAAUCAGCAUCGAGCGAAAAACCUGACUGACCAGAAUCCGAAGACGUACUGGGAGUCCAACGGCUGCUCGGGGUCACACACCAUCACCGUGGUGAUGAGGAGGGGUGUGGCCAUCAGGGAGCUGGCCGUGUUGCUGUCCUCAGAUGACUCCAGUUACAUGCCUGCAAAGAUCAUGGUGUAUGGGGGAGAGGACAGCACGACCUCCGCUCUGUCCACAGAGCUCAGCACGGUGACUGUGGCACCCUCUGCCUCUCGUGUGGUGCUGCUGCAGAAUCAGACUCGGUUUUGGCCUGUGGUUCAGAUUCGGAUCAAGAGGUGUCAGCAGGGGGGCAUAGACACACGUGUGCGGGGGCUGGAGGUGCUUGGGCCUAAGCCCACCCUGUGGCCUGUAUUCCGGGAACAGAUGUGUCUCAGGACUCACCUGUUCUACUCAAGUAAAGCCCAGUCCUGGAGCCAACAGGUCAGAGCAGACCGGAGCCAGCUACUGUCCAUCUACCACAGGUUGAAUGCGGUGCUAAAGUUGGAGCAAGCGUUUGCAGACCGUUUCCUGCCCGACCCCGAAGCCUCAUCCGCCCUGGGGCAGACUGUGUGGGAUGCCCUGGUCUCCCCGCUGGUGCAUGCCGUGACAUCAUCAGACUCUCCGGCUCUGGCCUGGCUUCUCUCUCAAUACCUGCAGAAUUCCGACUCUCCACGGCGCUGGAAGUCUCGGGCGGCCAUCUUUAACUCUCGCGUGCGGCGCCUUGUGCAUUUGCUCGUGCAUGUGGACACAGGCCCCGUCCCUGAACCAGAACCCCGUCCCUCUGCAGACCCAACAAAACCCCGAGAGCGCAGCAGCAUCUGUGACAUGGCCCAGUGCUGGCAGAGCGUGGUCCAGCAACAGGUGCGGGUGUUCCUGAGUACCCACCUCGGGGAGCAGGACUUGUCGGAGCGUUACAGUGAGCUGUACCAGAGUCUGCUCAGAUCCACCACAGAACUGUUCCAUAAACACCAGGCCUUCACUGUGGCUCUGAGGCAGGGCUUCUCCUCUGCCCUACUGCACCUGUCAGUCAGCCAGGGAGUUGCCGUGAGUGAGUGCUUUGCACGGCACAUCGGUCACAUGAUCUCUCAAGUGAGCGCACCUGGAGCGAAGGGGGAGGAGUCAGAGCAGAGGCUGCAGAAGUUCCUCGAGCCGACACUGUUCCUGAGCGGACUUGAACUCGCAACCAGCUUUGAGCACUUCUACAGGCGUUUCCUAGGUGACCGGCUGCUGCUGAUAGGUGGGCUGUGGUUGGAGAGCGCAGUGAUUGGUCAGAUCGGGGCGUGCUUCCCUGCCCGUUUGCCUCAGCAGAUGAUUCUAAACCUAAGGGAGUCUGACGAGAUGCAGCGAGAGUUCAGUCUGCACCAGCUCCACAGACUAGACCAAGAAUUAGACCAAGACCAGGAUUUGGACCAGGAUCAGGACCUGGACUUAGACCAGGAACGAGAUGUGGAACUGGAUUUGGACCAGUUUAAGACCGACUCUGACCAGACUCCUCAAGUCCAGAUCCUGGUCUUGUCUCCUCGUUGUUGGAGCGUUUCAUCCCAGUUUCAUUUGGAUCAGACUCGGCUCGACCUUCUCCCCAAAUCAUUCCUCAAGACUCUGCACCUGUAUGAGGACUUCUACCACCACUAUCAGACUGGCCUCUCUCAGACUGGGUGUAGUCCUCGUCGGCUCCAGUGGACCUCUCUGGGUCGUGCUGAAAUUCGGUUUGGAUCCUGGACUCUGAGCGUGUCCACGGUGCAGAUGCUGAUUCUGCUGCAGUUUAACCACAGAGAGGAGCAGAGUGUGGACAGCCUCCUGACCCGAACUGGACUGUCUGAACCUCUGCUACUGCACGCACUCCAGCCUCUGACCCACGCCGACGGGCCGCUCAUGUACCAACCAGGACAGAACCAAGUGGUUCGUGUGGACCCCCAGGUGGCGCUGCGUUCUCAGCACAGCUCCGUGUAUGUGAGACUCGCCCCAGACGAGAACUACAGGAGCGUGCAUGAGGACACGGCCGCCAUCUUGGAACGCAAGAGGAACUUCCUGUUGUGCACCAUCGUCCGGGUUCUAAAGCAGGAACGAGAGCUACAUAUCGACCACCUCGUCUACAAGGUUUUAGACUUGUGUCAGAAGAGUCCUGCUGGUCAGCCCUCAGACCGUAGUCUCAGCUCCGAUCCAGACCCGGGUCCAGUCCGGUUCUCCUGCUCCUCUGCAGACGUGCUCUCCUGUCUGAUGCAUCUUUUCAGUAAAAACAUUGUCCAGAGGAAACCGGACCGGCCACAGAUCCUCGAGUACCUCCCUGAAGUUCAGACGCCCCCAAGAGGCCAAGCCCUAGACUACAGCCAUAGCUGCUCCAGUCCUGGUAUGGAGGACCUCAGUCUGGACUCUGGUCGGACCAUGACCCAAGACGAAGUCCGAGAACUCAUGCAGAAGACCGUCCAGCAGGUGGCGGAGGCGCUCUCGAUGGAGGCGGAGUGGGCGGAGCAUCUCUUGGUUCUAAACAUGUGGGACGUGGACCGUGUGACACAGCGUUUCACAGAUGACCCCAUAACCCUGCUGCUGGAGGCGGGGCUACAGACGCCAGAACCCGCCACUUCCUCUGACCCCACCCUCAGCCUGAAUGGCAAUUUGUCAUCGUGUCCUGUCUGUCUGAACUCAGGGUCAGAGGCCACGCCCACUCUGAGCUGUGGUCACUUCUGCUGCCAGUCGUGUUGGGAGGAGUAUCUGACGUCGAGGAUUGAGCAGAAUCUGGGCCUAUCCUGUAACUGCCCCAUCACAGAUUGCACCGCCCAGCCCACCCCUGCCUUCUACAGACGGGUGCUCCACGACGCUGAUACUCUCCGACAGUACGAGGGCGCUCUCCUGCGCUCCUACGUGGACUCAUGCUCUAAUCUGACCUGGUGCACAAACGGUGGCGGCUGCGACCGCGUCCUCAUGAGGCAGAGUCUGGGAGACUCGGGACGCUGCGGAGAGUGUGGCUGGACGAGCUGCUUUAGCUGCUCCUUCACCGAGGCACACUUCCCGGCCUCCUGCUCUCAGAUCAGUCGUUGGGUGGAUGAUGGAGGGUUCUACGAGGGUAUGAGUGUGGAGGCCCAGAGCAAACAUCUGGCCAAACUCAUCUCCAAACGCUGUCCUCAGUGUUCUACAGCCAUCGAGAAGAACGAAGGGUGUCUACAUAUGACUUGUGCCAAAUGCAGUCAUGGAUUCUGCUGGAGGUGCCUCAAACCCUGGAAACCAACUCACAAAGACUACUACAACUGCUCCGCCUCGGUCAGUAAAGCAGCUCGUCAGGGGAAGAAGUUCCAGGACUUUAACGAGAAGUGCACCUUCCAGCACCAGGCCAAGGACUUUGCUCAGAGCUUGGCCCACAGAGUCCUGUGUCUCUCAGACUCAGUUCCCAUGACGUCCUUGUCAUUUGUCCUGGAUUCCUGCCGGGUCCUGGUCCAGUCCCGUAAAGUCUUGGCCUACAGCAGUGUCUACAGCUACUACACCCAGAGUCAGAGUCCGGUCCAAGUCCAGACCCAGAGUCAAGUCCAGACCCGCACCCAAGUCCAGACCCAGAAUCAAGUCCAGAUGCGUACCCAAGUCCAGGAUUCGAGCCAGGAACAACUCGACCUCCUGGAGCAACAGACUGAAGCUUUGGAGACCCACACCACCGCCCUCCAAGUGCUCCUCGAGGAGGCGCUGUUGCAGAGUUCGGACUUAGUCUCAAGUCUGCGUCUGAUCAAACCAAACCAGAUAUGCUCCGGACUAGAACUGGUCCAGAGAAUCCAGGAGCGACUGAGGGCCAUUCUGCACCACUCCACCCAGGAUUUCAGACUGGGCUGUGAUUCCAAGAGCCAAUCAGAGGGCCCCAAUGCAUCAGAAGCAACCAAUCAGAGCGAAGCUAACAAAGAGUCUAAGUCGGACUCUGAUUCGGACCAGGACCCAGAUCAGAACCGGAACCUGGAGGAAGAGUACGACGAUUAUGAAGAGUACGAUGAAGAUGAAGAGUACGUCCCGGACUACGAUUAUGACGAAGACGAUUUAGACGAAGAAUAUUACUCAGACUAUGACCAGGAUUACAGUCCCUACGACUAGACCAGGACUACAGCCCCUACGUCUAGACCAGGACUACAGCCCCUACGUCUAGACCAGGACUACAGCCCCUACGUCUAGACCAGGACUACAGCCCCUACGUCUAGACCAGGACUACAGCCCCUACGUCUAGACCAGGACUACAGCCCCUACGUCUAGACCAGGACUACAGCCCCUACGUCUAGACCAGGACUACAGCCCCUACGUCUAGACCAGGACUACAGCCCCUACGUCUAGACCAGGACUACAGCCCCUACGUCUAGACCAGGACUGGACUGUUCUUGUUAUAAAAUUCUUGUGUUUGAAGCACUUCAGUUUUGAAUAUUUUCUGUAAAAAAAAGUUUGAAGAAAAAAUGAAAAUAAAAGUCAUUUAAAACAUAA